ACUCUGCUCUGGUUCCUUGUCUGUGUGCCAGCACUUCCUGUUUUUAAAGAUCCUGUUUACUGUCUGCGGUCCAAAUAUCCCAGGAAGGUGGGAGGAUGGGAAGAAACAUGGAAAGAAAACUAAACAGCAUUAUUUAAGGUUUGCGCGUACGAGUCGCUGCUUGAAGGGCUUGGAGUGCAAAGUUAUCUCAAGAAUUAAAAAUGCCUCCACGACCAUCAUCUGGUGAACUAUGGGGCAUCCACUUGAUGCCACCGAGGAUCCUUGUGGAGUGUCUUCUCCCGAAUGGAAUGAUAGUGACACUAGAAUGCCUCCGUGAGGCCACCUUACUGACUAUUAAACAUGAACUCUUUAAAGAAGCAAGAAAAUACCCUCUCUAUCAGCUCCUUCAGGAUGAAUCUUCUUACAUUUUUGUAAGUGUUACGCAAGAAGCGGAAAGAGAAGAAUUUUUCGAUGAAACACGGAGACUUUGUGACCUGCGACUGUUUCAGCCUUUUCUAAAAGUUAUUGAACCAGUAGGUAACAGAGAAGAAAAGAUUCUUAAUAGAGAAAUAGGUUUUGCUAUUGGCAUGCCUGUCUGUGAAUUUGACAUGGUCAAGGAUCCAGAAGUACAAGACUUUAGAAGAAACAUUCUCAAUGUUUGUAAAGAAGCAGUGGAUCUUCGAGAUGCCAAUGCACCGCACAGCAGAGCGCUGUAUGUCUACCCUCCAAAUGUAGAGUCUUCAGCUGAACUACCCAAACACAUAUACAAUAAACUAGACAAAGGGCAAAUUAUAGUGGUGAUAUGGGUAAUAGUCUCACCAAACAAUGAUAAGCAGAAAUACACCUUAAAAAUCAACCAUGACUGCGUGCCUGAGCAAGUUAUUGCUGAAGCAAUUAGGAAGAAAACACGAAGUAUGUUGCUGUCAUCUGAACAACUGAAACUUUGUGUCUUGGAGUACCAGGGCAAAUAUAUCUUAAAAGUGUGUGGCUGUGAUGAAUACUUGCUAGAAAAAUGUCCACUGAGCCAGUACAAGUACAUAAGAAGCUGUAUAAUGCUUGGUCGGAUGCCCAACCUGAUGCUGAUGGCCAAGGAGAGCCUGUACACCCAGCUGCCCCUGGACACCUUCACAAUGCCAUCCUACUCCAGGCGGAUCUCCACAGCUACACCCUACAUGAACGGAGAGGCUACAACCAAAUCCCUCUGGACUAUAAACAGUGCUCUCAGAAUAAGGAUCCUCUGUGCAACCUAUGUAAAUGUGAACAUUAGAGACAUAGACAAGAUCUAUGUUAGAACAGGUAUCUACCAUGGAGGGGAACCUUUGUGUGACAAUGUGAAUACUCAGAGGGUACCUUGUUCUAACCCCAGAUGGAAUGAAUGGCUGUUGUAUGACAUGUACAUUCCUGAUCUCCCACGUGCUGCUCGGCUCUGCCUCUCGAUCUGCUCCGUUAAAGGCCGGAAGGGAGCUAAGGAGGAGCACUGUCCAUUGGCUUGGGGAAAUAUAAACAUGUUCGAUUACACAGACACUCUUGUAUCUGGGAAAAUGGCUUUGAAUCUCUGGGCAGUACCUCAUGGGCUGGAGGAUUUGUUGAAUCCUAUUGGUGUUACUGGAUCAAAUCCAAAUAAGGAAACUCCAUGUUUAGAGCUGGAGUUUGAUUGGUUUAGCAAUCCUGUAAAGUUUCCAGAUAUGGCAGUGAUAGAAGAACAUGCCAACUGGACAAUAUCACGUGAACUGGGAUUCAACUACAGCUAUGCAGGGCAGAGUAACAGAAUAGCCAGAGACAGUGAAUUGACAGAGAGUGACAAGGAGCAGUUGCGAGCCAUCUGUACACGAGACCCUCUGUCUGAAAUCACUGAGCAAGAGAAGGACUUCCUCUGGAGACACAGACACUAUUGUGUGAAUACUCCAGAAAUUCUACCCAAAUUACUUUUGUCUGUUAAAUGGAAUUCUAGAGAUGAAGUGGCCCAGAUGUACUGUUUGGUAAAAGACUGGCCUUCAAUCAAGCCAGAGCAAGCAAUGGAGCUCUUGGACUGUAAUUAUCCAGAUCCAAUGGUGCGAGCUUUUGCAGUUCGGUGUCUGGAGAAGUCCCUGACAGAUGACAAACUGUCUCAGUAUCUAAUCCAGCUGGUACAGGUUCUGAAAUACGAACAGUAUUUAGAUAAUCAGCUUGUGAGAUUUUUACUCAAGAAAGCACUGACCAAUCAAAGGAUAGGACACUUCUUCUUUUGGCAUCUAAAGUCUGAAAUGCACAAUAAAACUGUCAGUCAGAGGUUUGGUUUACUUCUGGAGUCCUACUGUCGAGCGUGUGGAAUGUACCUAAAGCAUCUGAGCAGGCAGGUGGAGGCUAUGGAGAAGUUGAUCAACCUCACAGAUAUUCUCAAGCAGGAGAAAAAAGAUGAGACCCAGAAGGUACAGAUGAAGUUCCUUGUGGAACAGAUGAGACGGCCAGAUUUCAUGGAUGCUUUGCAAGGUUUUAUCUCUCCUCUCAAUCCUGCGCAUCAGCUGGGGAAUCUCCGGCUUGAGGAGUGCAGGAUAAUGUCAUCUGCAAAAAGGCCGCUGUGGUUGAACUGGGAAAACCCAGAUAUUAUGUCUGAAUUGUUAUUUCAGAACAAUGAGAUAAUAUUUAAAAAUGGAGAUGACUUGCGUCAGGACAUGCUGACACUUCAGAUAAUUAGAAUUAUGGAAAACAUCUGGCAAAAUCAGGGUCUUGACCUUCGGAUGUUGCCUUAUGGUUGUUUAUCAAUUGGUGACUGUGUGGGACUCAUCGAGGUCGUGAGGAGCUCUCACACGAUCAUGCAGAUUCAAUGUAAAGGAGGCUUAAAAGGAGCACUGCAGUUCAACAGCCAUACAUUGCACCAGUGGCUCAAGGACAAGAACAAAGGAGACAUGUAUGAUGCAGCUAUUGACUUGUUUACACGUUCUUGUGCCGGCUACUGUGUUGCCACCUUUAUCCUGGGCAUUGGUGAUCGCCACAACAGUAACAUCAUGGUCAAAGAUGAUGGACAACUGUUUCACAUUGACUUUGGGCACUUCCUCGAUCACAAGAAGAAAAAAUUUGGCUAUAAAAGAGAGCGUGUGCCAUUUGUCUUAACACAAGACUUCCUAAUAGUGAUUAGUAAAGGAGCCCAAGAAUGUACCAAAACAAGGGAGUUUGAAAGGUUUCAGGAGAUGUGCUAUAAGGCUUACCUAGCAAUUCGGCAGCAUGCCAAUCUCUUCAUCAACCUUUUCUCCAUGAUGCUUGGCUCAGGAAUGCCAGAACUGCAGUCCUUUGAUGACAUUGCUUACAUUCGAAAGACCCUUGCAUUGGACAAAACUGAGCAGGAAGCUCUGGAGUACUUCAUGAAGCAAAUGAAUGAUGCUCACCAUGGUGGCUGGACAACAAAAAUGGACUGGAUCUUCCACACAAUAAAGCAACAUGCUUUGAACUGAACAGACAGCAGAGAAAGCAAGAACUGAUACCCCGCUUUGUGGGUACUGCACUGUUAAUACCCGUUAGCAGCAAAGACUGGUUGCAUAGGAAUUGCACAAACCAUGAACAACACUAGAUUUUAUGGCAAGAAAAGAGAUUAAUUGUUCAGACAACUGUCAGAAAAUAAUGUAAAACAGGGUUUCAGAUAGCACUAAAAUUGUACACUUCAAAAAUUAAGCUUUAGUAUGAUGUGUGCAGAGAGACCUUGACAAAUUAGAGAGAUGGGCAAUCACCAGCCGUGUGAAUUUUAACAAGGGCAAGUGCCAGAUUCCGCACCUGGGAUGGGGCAACCCUGGCUGUAAAGACUGGGGAAUGAGGCUGAAGAGUAGCUGUGGAAAGGGACCUGGGAGUCCUGGUCCCUGGCAGGUUGAAUAUGAGUCAGCAGUGCCCUGGCAGCCAGGAGGGCCAACCGUGU